AUGCUCUGCGAUCACACCCAAGCUCCGUUGGCCUUCCAUCGGGGGCUGCGUGAACACAAUGGGGUUGUCUUGAUUGAUCCAGAGUACCUGAAGGACAGAAAAGUGUAUGUGACUCUCACUUGUGCAUUUCGCUAUGGCCGUGAUGACCUGGAUGUCAUCGGGCUGACCUACAGAAAGGACAUCUAUGUCCUCAGCACACAGAUUUACCCUCCUGUACCAGACCAGGCAUCCAAGAGUCUCACUUCCUUGCAAGUAAAGCUACUGAAAAAGUUAGGAGAGCAUGCCUACCCCUUCACUUUUGAGAUGGCGACCAAUUUGCCCUGUUCUAUCACCCUCCAGCCAGGGCCAGAUGAUACUGGGAAGCCUUGUGGUGUGGACUUCCAGGUUAAAACAUUUUGUGCUGAAAAUUUGGAAGAGAAAAUUCAUAAGAGGAAUUCAGUGCGGUUGGUGAUAAGAAAGGUUCAGUUUGCACCCACAAACCCUGGCCCCGCACCGAAGUCUGAGACUACAAAGCAAUUCAUGUUGUCUGACAAGCCCCUGCACCUUGAGGCAUCUCUGGACAAGGAGAUUUAUUACCAUGGAGAUCCAAUUGGAGUUAAUGUCAAAAUUAACAAUACCACCAACAAAGUUGUGAAGAAAAUUAAAAUAACAGUUGAGCAAACAACAGAUGUGGUUCUGUAUUCUCUGGACAAAUAUACGAAGACGAUAUGUUUUGAGGAGAUAACUGAGAAUGUGGCUGCCAACUCUACUCUCUCCAAAAGCUACUCUGUGACCCCCUCAUUAACCAACAACCGUAAAAAGCGUGGCCUCGCACUGGACGGCAAACUCAAGCACGAGGACACAAAUCUGGCUUCCAGCACCAUUUUAAGACCUGGAAUGGACAAGGAAGUACUUGGGAUUCUGGUGUCCUAUAAAAUCAGAGUCAACUUGAUGGUAUCUAGAGGAGGCAUCCUGGGAGAUCUCACUUCAAGUGACAUCAGCGUGGAUCUGCCACUCGUUCUAAUGCACCCCAAACCCACAGACAAGCAAAGCAGGAGUGAGGAGGACAUUGUUAUUGAAGAAUUUGCUCGCCAGAAGAUCAAGGGAGAGACAGAUGAUGAUGAAGAGAAGGAAGAAGAGGACAAAGAAGAAGAAGGCUAAUUUGCAGUCGUCCUAGGCAAUAACCUUUCAACAGUCUGCUAUACUCAAAAUUAUGUGGGCAAAGAUCUCUGAGGACAUUGCCUUGUGAAUUUCCACUCCAUUUUUUAAAACAGCUGCAAAGCUUCAUCAUUUCUAGUAAUGAAGACACAAAGUUAUAUAUGUGGUAGAGCAGUUUCUAUGUUUAUAUUUUCUCAAGCAUUUAUGACCUUCCAUUUUUAGUUAUUGAUUGGCAGUGUGAUUGGUUGUUUUUACCUAGCAAGAAAAGGAUGCUCUGCAACAUCUCCUCAUUCCUGGCCUCUACAACCGGCUUCUUUAUUUACUUAACAUAGCAUAUUAUAACUUUUUACUUUGCUGUUCCUCCAAGAAUGAUAUAAGCAUUUGCCUCCCUCAUUUUAUCCUCACAACAAACCCAUGAGAUACAUUAUUCUAAAAGAGAGAGUAAUUGGUGGAAGGAGGUACAAAUUUGAGUGGAGAUCUGAAUCUAGGAAACUAACUUCUGGGCACACAACCCUGGUCUGUUCAAAAAUCAGACAUCCAGGCUGUAUCUCAGCCCCAGCUCAGAAUUCACCUCGGAAUUCAGCUUUCUAGGCCAACUGCCUCCUUAGCCUGAGCUGCUCCUCACACACUGUAAUAGCAGUGGCCUACUUGACAGGGCUGCCCUUUGGAAAGAGCCGUUUGUUACUAUUUUCAACUAGCUGAAAGCUAAUAUUACACAUGACAAAAUUUUGCCGAGCUUUGUUUAAAAUACAUUUAUAUUUUGAUCUACCAGUCAAGUUGAACUUCAGGCCCAGUCUGAGCAUGCUUACCUUAGGCAACAAAAUGUUGCUUCAGCAAGACCUGAGUUAUAUAAUAUCCCAGAAUUGUAUGUUGGCAUCGGAACAGAGAUCCAUCCUGCCCUUGAUUCUGGCUCUAGCCAACCAGAUACUCUAAAGAACCCACCAGAGGAGAUGUUAACCGUCUGUUGUUUGUCCCACUUUAUUUCUGCCAAGUUAUAGCCUCUGAGAGGGGGGGCUCAACAUAAAUGCCAAGGAUCUUCACCACAGGCACCAAGACAUUUUAUUAAGGUUGCAAAUGAGUCCAAUGAAGGGGACAGUUCAUGAUACAUUAAAUUGUUACAAGAAAAGUC